GACAAGUAGUGGGGUGAUCCAAGCCCCACCAAUCCCUGAGAGAUAAUUAGCAUACUGUUGUCUAUAUAAGCCGAGCGAUUUUGCUGCUCAGGGUCCCUGUUCAGAAGAGCUGUAACACUGAGAAGAGCGUAACACUGAGAAGAGCUGUAACACUAAGAAGAGCUGUAGCACUAAGAAGAGCUGUAACACAGUAAAGGCUUGCUCGCAGAAGAAUCCUGUUGCCGCGUGUCGUUCUUGCUGGCAGGACAUUGGGCGCGCGACAAGUGGUGCCGAAACCCGGAAACCAACAUCGCCGGUGCCAGGGGACCCUUCAGUGUGCUGAAGAGGAUUCAGAACUGCGAGAAGGUAAAUUAAAAGAAUCAAGAAAAUCCAAUUUGAGUACCUGAGCGUUUGACUCGAAGAUUGUCUUCUGCUCUUCCUGAAGAUGAGACUAUGAACACUACUAUUAUUACUGGGAAUGGUAAUACAGGUUAAUUCGCUCACCCUGUGGGCUAUUGCCAGAUCCUGGCCAGUACCCAUGCCAGUUCAUAGCAAUUCUACUGUUUUGAGAAUAAGACUGACAAGCAUAAUCUCUGGCCUUGUUUUCAAUGGGUGCUGUCCAAUGAGCAAGGGUUAUAUACAUCCCUGACCCCCUUUGCUAGGUUGAUGGGAGAGAACUUCGUGCUGUAUAAUGUUUCAGCUACCAGAAAAAGGUGAUACCAGGUUGAUCAAUAUUCAAUAUAAUAACCUCUUGGUAAAUAAUACUGCCAAUAGUACUUCAGUAUGUGCUAGAUCACCUUUUUUCUGAUAAGCACUAAUGUAAGCAGUGGUGCUUUAAAUUGUAAUAGCUCUGAUGUAGUCUGCUAUUUAGCUGAAUGCUGGGAUGGCACCAAUGACACCGCAGUGAUGGUUAAGAUUCCCUCCUUUGUGCCAAUCCCAGUGGAGGCAAACCUAGAUAGCUUUCCUAUUCUUAAUUUGCUGAGAGCCAAAAGAGAUUUUGGAAUUAGGGCAGCCAUAAUUUCAGCCAUUGUGCUGUCUGCUGCUGCAGCUACCACAGCUACAAUUACUAUGACCAAUCAAAUACAGACGGCUGAGACUGUCAAUCAGAUUGUAGAAAGAACUGCAGUGGCACUAGAGAUACAAGAAGAAUUUAAUACCCAUUUGGCAUCUGGCCUUCUAUUAGCCAAUCAAAGGAUAGAUUUAGUUCAAGAACAAAUUGAAGCACUGUAUCAUAUGACACAGCUGUCUUGUGUUUCCUCCUUUAGAGUUUAUGCAUUAUUCCUUUGCGAGCUAACUUUCCUCAGAAUUUUCAACAGAACAAAGAAAUCUCGAAUUAUCUGAAAGGAAACUGGUCCAUGAAAGCAGAGCAACUAUCAAGACAAUUGCUGAUGCAGAUUGCUGUCCUCAACAGCACUAGGCUGGACCCCAUCACAGUUGAAGACUUUAUCUCAUGGAUUACCAAUGCUUUCUCCCUUGUUAAGGAGUGGGCGGGCAUGUUUGUCCUGGGGAGCUAUUGUCCUCCUGGGAUGCGGAGUAGGUCUCUGGCUUAUUGGCUGUUUAAAAAAGAGAACAUGCCAGACACAAAGUGGUUGUUUACCAGGCUAUGACCACCAUUAAAAAGGGUACUUCUCCCAACAUAUGGCUGGCCUCUUUGAAAGAUCAAGAGUUAUCCCUAGAUCAUUUUUGUCACAGUCAUGUGGAGUCAUUGUAUCCAGGGAUGGGCAACUUUCCUCGAACUCGGACCAACCUAAGACACGGGGCCCGGUGGCGAUAGGGUAACUCUAUGACGGGUAAGGCCGAGUUUGGAUGAGAACGACCUAAGACAGGAGCAAUGACAAGAUUGACAUGACACCCAGAUCUAGACCAGUCAUUUUAUUAAACAAAAAAGGGGGAGAUGUAGAGAGCGGCACGGCGAAACAAAUAUGGCGCCAACAUCCAGCCUUGUCUGGAUAUAAACGACUUACUGCGCAUGUGCAGGCUUGUCCCCUUGCUAGGGCUCCCUCUAGUGGUGAACAGCGGUACUGCACAUGUGCAGUUUAUGCACCAGGUGUUAGUUGACUGUUAGUAUGCUAAUGAGGUGAUUCAUUCUCUGCCAAUCCCUGGAGGACAAGUAGUGGGGUGAUCCAAGCCCCACCAAUCCCUGAGAGAUAAUUAGCAUACUGUUGUCUAUAUAAGCCGAGCGAUUUUGCUGCUCAGGGUCCCUGUUCAGAAGAGCUGUAACACUGAGAAGAGCGUAACACUGAGAAGAGCUGUAACACUAAGAAGAGCUGUAGCACUAAGAAGAGCUGUAACACAGUAAAGGCUUGCUCACAGAAGAAUCCUGUUGCCGCGUGUCGUUCUUGCUGGCAGGACAUUGGGCGCGCGACAAGUGGUGCCGAAACCCGGAAACCAACAUCGCCGGUGCCAGGGGACCCUUCAGUGUGCUGAAGAGGAUUCAGAACUGCGAGAAGGUAAAUUAAAAGGUAAGUUUCGAGAGGCAUGCCCCUUUUUGGAAGAGAGCAUGUCAGAAACGGAGCUGAGUGAGAAAUUAGGCUUCCGAGAGGCAUGACCCUUUUUGAUUUAACAGAGCAUGUCAGAAACGGAGCGGAGUGAGAAAUUAGGAGCGCGCAAAAAGAAAAAGGUUACUAAAACAAAAGUGAAAGAGAUACAAAAGGCGGAAGAAAUGCCGCUGGAGGAAAAAAUAGGUAUGCCCCUGAGGAUGAAGUACAAGUCAUCCGGAGAGGAUACUUUGUAUCCAUUAAAAGAAUUAGAAGCCUUAGAACUGGCUGGCAGUGACUCUGAGCAAGAGUUGUCAGAGUCCGAAGAGGAGGAAUUAGAGGAAGAGGCAGCCAUAUAUGAGGAAGAAAGAUAUGGGCCUAGGUGGAGAGCCACUCUGAAGAAACCUAAAGUUAUGGAUCCUUUGUGGGCAAGGCUGGUAAUUUUGUUUCUUUUUUUCUUUGUGUGGGAUAGAGAAGCCACUGACGGCAAGCUUAAGCCCGGACCAAAACCUCUUUGGCAAAUGGUCCCUGCCUUCUUAGAGGAUAAACGAUGUGAGGAAGCCAUUAGAGCCGUUAGGACAGGUCAGAGGGUCCUUGCAGAACAACAAGAAAGUAUGUCAGAGGGAGAAAAGGUCUCGAAAGAAAAAAAGAAAAGAAAAGGAGAUAAAAGGAACAGAGAGAAGGUAGAGAUAAAAAAUGGGGUCAGUGCAGCUUUUGUUGUGGCUCAAGUUGAGGCUAUUGCUAGGUAUGUGAUUAGGCUCUGGAAGCCUCACAGAGUCAUACUGAUCAGAUUUCAUAGAGGUAGACCGCCUGAAAAUUUAUUCGGGAGAAUCAAACAAAAAGAUAAACUUGAGUGUGCCUACUUGGAUUCCUGGUCUCAAGGAGAUUUAGCAAGUGACAAGGUGCUUCUCUUAAAAAAGCAGUUUCAAUCAGCCCUUGGAGCCUUGCACCUGUAGCUAAGAUAUGUGUAGCCACUUCAAUUUUGUUUUCUGAUUGGUUUUAAAUGUAUAAAUAUUCUCUACAUGCCUUGGUUAUGGACUAUUGGCUUUUAAGUUAUUGGAUAUGGUUUAAAAAAAUGUAACAUUGAUAACAGAAAGUUGACAUAAAACUGGUAAAAUUUAAAAUAUGCUCAUGUUUCUGUUGAUACCUGUUCCGGUAUUAUACACGCUACUCUGAUGACUGGUGAAAAAGCUCGUAAUGCCAUUAGCCAUUGCUUAGAGGCAUGGGCAGCCUGGGGAAAGCCUGAUAGUCUCAAGACAGACAACGGGCCUGCCUACACUGCAAAGUUCUUUCAGGCAUUUUGCCAGACAAUGCAGGUCGGUCAUACUGCAGGCUUACCAUACAAUCCCCAGGGUCAAGGAAUUGUGGAAAGAGUACAUCAUACCUUAAAAGAGCUUAUACAAAAACAAAAAGAGGGAAUUGCCAGCGGCCAAACACCAAAAGAACAACUUUCUUUAGCUCUUUUUACUCUAAAUUUCUUAAUUUUGGAUGUGCAUGGCCACUCUGCUGCGGAUCGCCAUGCUGCUACUACACCUAUAACUAAUGCAGAAGUAAAGUGGAAGGAUGUCUUAACUGAUGAAUGGCAUGGCCCAGAUCCUGUGAUUUCGAGAUCUAGGGGAGCGAUUUGUGUUUUUCCACAGAAUCAAGAAAAUCCAAUUUGAGUACCUGAGCGUUUGACUCGAAGAUUGUCUUCUGCUCUUCCUGAAGAUGAGACUAUGAACACUACUAUUAUUACUGGGAAUGGUAAUACAGGUUAAUUCGCUCACCCUGUGGGCUAUUGCCAGAUCCUGGCCAGUACCCAUGCCAGUUCAUAGCAAUUCUACUGUUUUGAGAAUAAGACUGACAAGCAUAAUCUCUGGCCUUGUUUUCAAUGGGUGCUGUCCAAUGAGCAAGGGUUAUAUACAUCCCUGACCCCCUUUGCUAGGUUGAUGGGAGAGAACUUCGUGCUGUAUAAUGUUUCAGCUACCAGAAAAAGGUGAUACCAGGUUGAUCAAUAUUCAAUAUAAUAACCUCUUGGUAAAUAAUACUGCCAAUAGUACUUCAGUAUGUGCUAGAUCACCUUUUUUCUGAUAAGCACUAAUGUAAGCAGUGGUGCUUUAAAUUGUAAUAGCUCUGAUGUAGUCUGCUAUUUAGCUGAAUGCUGGGAUGGCACCAAUGACACCGCAGUGAUGGUUAAGAUUCCCUCCUUUGUGCCAAUCCCAGUGGAGGCAAACCUAGAUAGCUUUCCUAUUCUUAAUUUGCUGAGAGCCAAAAGAGAUUUUGGAAUUAGGGCAGCCAUAAUUUCAGCCAUUGUGCUGUCUGCUGCUGCAGCUACCACAGCUACAAUUACUAUGACCAAUCAAAUACAGACGGCUGAGACUGUCAAUCAGAUUGUAGAAAGAACUGCAGUGGCACUAGAGAUACAAGAAGAAUUUAAUACCCAUUUGGCAUCUGGCCUUCUAUUAGCCAAUCAAAGGAUAGAUUUAGUUCAAGAACAAAUUGAAGCACUGUAUCAUAUGACACAGCUGUCUUGUGUUUCCUCCUUUAGAGUUUAUGCAUUAUUCCUUUGCGAGCUAACUUUUCUCAGAAUUUUCAACAGAACAAAGAAAUCUCGAAUUAUCUGAAAGGAAACUGGUCCAUGAAAGCAGAGCAACUAUCAAGACAAUUGCUGAUGCAGAUUGCUGUCCUCAACAGCACUAGGCUGGACCCCAUCACAGUUGAAGACUUUAUCUCAUGGAUUACCAAUGCUUUCUCCCUUGUUAAGGAGUGGGCGGGCAUGUUUGUCCUGGGGAGCUAUUGUCCUCCUGGGAUGCGGAGUAGGUCUCUGGCUUAUUGGCUGUUUAAAAAAGAGAACAUGCCAGACACAAAGUGGUUGUUUACCAGGCUAUGACCACCAUUAAAAAGGGUACUUCUCCCAACAUAUGGCUGGCCUCUUUGAAAGAUCAAGAGUUAUCCCUAGAUCAUUUUUGUCACAGUCAUGUGGAGUCAUUGUAUCCAGGGAUGGGCAACUUUCCUCGAACUCGGACCAACCUAAGACACGGGGCCCGGUGGCGAUAGGGUAACUCUAUGACGGGUAAGGCCGAGUUUGGAUGAGAACGACCUAAGACAGGAGCAAUGACAAGAUUGACAUGACACCCAGAUCUAGACCAGUCAUUUUAUUAAACAAAAAAGGGGGAGAUGUAGAGAGCGGCACGGCGAAACAAAUAUGGCGCCAACAUCCAGCCUUGUCUGGAUAUAAACGACUUACUGCGCAUGUGCAGGCUUGUCCCCUUGCUAGGGCUCCCUCUAGUGGUGAACAGCGGUACUGCACAUGUGCAGUUUAUGCACCAGGUGUUAGUUGACUGUUAAUAUGCUAAUGAGGUGAUUCAUUCUCUGCCAAUCCCUGGAGGACAAGUAGUGGGGUGAUCCAAGCCCCACCAAUCCCUGAGAGAUAAUUAGCAUACUGUUGUCUAUAUAAGCCGAGCGAUUUUGCUGCUCAGGGUCCCUGUUCAGAAGAGCUGUAACACUGAGAAGAGCUGUAACACUGAGAAGAGCUGUAACACUAAGAAGAGCUGUAGCACUAAGAAGAGCUGUAACACAGUAAAGGCUUGCUCGCAGAAGAAUCCUGUUGCCGCGUGUCGUUCUUGCUGGCGGGACAUUGGGUGCGCGACAAGUGGUGCCGAAACCCGGAAACCAACAUCGCCGGUGCCAGGGGACCCUUCAGUGUGCUGAAGAGGAUUCAAAACUGCGAGAAGGUAAAUUAAAAGGUAAGCUUCGAGAGGCAUGCCCCUUUUUGGAAGAGAGCAUGUCAGAAACGGAGAACUGGAAGAGCUCGAAGGGGCUCGAGACUCCUUAUGAACAACAAUGCCAAGAACCAGAGCGUCCAGGGACUAAGCCACUACCUAAAGAGUAUACAUGGACUGACCCUGGACUCUGACCUCAUAGGAAGCAAUGAAUAUCCUAGUAAGAGCACCAGUGGAAGGGGAAGCCCUGGGUCCUGCUAAGACUGAACCCCCAGUGAACUAGAUUGUUGGGGGGAGG